AUGGGGGUCUGUGAAAGCAAUGCCACAGCUUCCCUCAUUGGCCCACUUGUGCAAGGAAUUGAAAAGGUUCUGGAAGGAACGUCAAGUCCUGGAGCAGGAACUAUGGAAGAGCAGAUAAUUAGUCAAAUAAGAAGUCGAUUCUCACCAACCAUGCGAAACAAACAAGUAUUACUUGCUACACUUUUGGAUCCUCGUUUCAAGGAUAUAGCUUUCCCAGAUGGGUCAUCCAAAUGCAGGGCAAAAGAAUUCCUUCUUCAAGAGCUACAACACCUGCAUGAAGAAAGUGGGACUAAAAGCAGAACUACCAGCACCAAGACUUCACCACUCACUGAAACUGGUCCAAAGACCACCUCAAUUUGGCAAGCUCUCAAUCAAGCAUUGUCUCAAUCUCAACCUCUGACUGAGGAUCCAAAAAGUGCAAAAUGGAACUCAGAAAUAGAUCAGUAUCUCUCUACUUCUACACUUCCAAUAGAUGACAAUCCAUUCCUGUACUGGAAAAGAUUGUGGGCUGAGGACAUCAUUGCUGUCAUAUGUGAAACACGAAGGUCCCAGGGACCACAACAAGUAUCAGCUGCAUUCCUCCUCUACUGGGAAAUUUUCCAGAGUUGCAAGGGUGAGGGGAUCAGGAUGAUCUCCCAGUUGAUGAGCCACAAGAGCCUGCCAAUGCUAUGUCUAGGUUGUGAUAUUGCAAUUAGGAACCAAUCUGGAUCUGACAACUUUCCAGCUGCUACCCAGUUGGAAUGGGUCCAAAUAGGUCAGCGAGUGACGUGGUUUUCGCAGUGGAGGCAUUGGUUCACGCUCUUGGAUCUUGAGGAGACAGAGCUUGCUCAACAUGGGGGACCACCAGAAGGUUGCCUGCCAUCUACCCAUAGUCUCUUGGGUUUUUCAGUGCAAUGGUGGUGCGUAUGCUGUUUCCACGAGGCAGAGCUGGUGUCUCAGCAUCCUUGCCAUGUGGUCGACUGGAGCCUCAUCCUGUUCCGUAGAGUCCAAAUCAUCAUGGAGAUCAGAUCUAUUUGA